CUCUGCGAAAACCGGCUUCCUUCUCCAUUCUUAUGAUCCUUUGAAUCUUCGCUUCUUCUUCAGUUCUUCAAUCUCUCUGUUACUUUUUCUCGUGCUAGUUUUUAUUUUGUGUUCUUCAAUCAUGGCAUCUGAGACGGAGACCUCUGACUUUUCUGCUGCCUUUGAGAGAUUGUUGAGAAACAGAGACAUGUCGUUGUUGUUACCUUUAAUUUUAGGGUUCGCGAGCUCCACACAAGAAGGGGCGCAAGCAGAGACUCGAAGAAUAGUCCUUGUGAAUCCGGUGAUGCAGAUCAUGGUGGUAAUUGAGGGCGAUUCACUGCUAGACGUGAUGGGAUCCAAGAACGGGCAGCCACCGGCCUCGAAAGCAUCCAUAGAUGCGAUGCCAUGUGUGGAUGUUACUAAAAUUGAAGGUGAGGAUGGUGAUUGCGUGAUUUGCUUGGAAAAUUGGGGAGCUGGUGGUGUUGAUGUGGUGAUUAAAGAGAUGCCUUGUAAGCAUAGGUUUCACUCUAACUGUAUAGAGAAGUGGCUUAGGGUUCAUGGGUCUUGCCCUGUUUGUAGGUAUCAGAUGCCUGUUGAGGAGAGAAAUAACGACGAUGAAGAAGAAGGGAGGGAGAGGAGGGGGGUUGAUGAAAUAUGGGUCACCUUUGCCCUCAGUCGAAGUAGUAGGAGUGCCACCGAUGAAAAUCAAACUACCUCAACUGAUUCCAGUGAUGACAGUGCUAGUCCAAGACCAGACCACGAAUUGGAUGGCUAAGAUUUUUAUGGCAGUUCAAUAGAAGCCAUGGCCAACUGAAGGGUCUCGUUGCUGUAGUUUUUGGGUUGCUCGUCUUCAUUUCUCCCAGAGCUCUCAGAUGAUGUCAAAGAGCUUUCAACAGAACAUAUUG